CUGAUUUCUCAGCAUGUGGUAAGUAAAUGAGCCAUUUGUCCUAUCCUUUUCUGCUGCGCCUCCACAUGUUGGAUAGACCACUGAGUUGGAGAUGUUGGACGUGCAACUGAACAUGCACAACGCUGAAUGUGACGCGUGUCGGCUCGCUCAGUCGUCACUCACACACUCUGUUCCCGCUAUCAGCCCAAGCCAGCCGCGCGUUACUCCGAUAGGGGCCUGCAGCCGCGCGUUACUCAGAUAGGGGCCUGCAGCCGCUUGGAUGGGACUGUGAGUGUGCGUGCGUGAGCAAGCGUGGGACAGCGUGCCGUUCAUCUCAGUCUUUCAGCGCGUGUGUGAGAAAAUGCACACGCAGACACACACACUCAUUUUAUAGGUCUCAGACUUGGAUGCCGUCUCAAGUAUUGAGUUUAACUGUUGAAUUCUUGUCUGGGAGCUGCCCUUUGCUAUGUGCCUCCUAAAAAAUUGAGACAGUAUGGCUCUGUCACGCACAUAGAACACACUGAGUCUCAUCUGCACCCUGCAAACCAUGGCAAAGAGUAAGUGAAGGACUGAGAAAGAAGGUCAACUGGGAGGCCAUGUCAGAGUGUUUAUCUGCUACAGGAACAGGGUCCAGGGAGGGUGAUUAGGGCAGAUAGAGAUGACAGUAGAGCAAAAGAGAGGGGGGCCUUACCGGUGAAGUGGGGCAAGUGAGGGAGAGAGAGAGAGAGCGGUGCACUCAUCCCUCAAGAGAGGGGGGCCUUAACGGUGAAGUGGGGCAAGUGAGGGAGAGAGAGAGAGAGAGAGCAGUGCACUCAUCCCUCAGUGGAAACUGACCGCAAGCAGCAGCAGACCAGAAGAUGCAGAGUAUGACCAUAGAGGAAACCCCCACCACAGCACAGGUAAGCACACAUCAGGACUUUAUAUGACCACAGAGGAAACCCCCACCACAGCACAGCCCGGUGAACCCAAAGCCUUUGCGCGGACUAAACGUGUCAAAGUCGUGUUGGUCCUCCUGGGUGUCUUCCUCUUUGCCAUGGCGACCGGGCUGGGGCUGCACUCCCUGGGGAAUUGGAACUCUCCUCCAGGUCUCCCCAGUUCAGCCAACAGCAGAGCAGCCCCUCUUCCAUGCCAUUCUCCUGCCUGUCUGGAUGCUGCUACGCGUCUUUUAGUGGCCGUAGAUCCUUUCUCUCAGCCAUGCGACUACUUCCUGUUCACCUGUGGGUCGCCGGGAGCCACAAAGGGCAGACAGAGAGGCAAGGGCACUGGUCACCGUAGCAACCGCGGGGAGGGUGAGAGGACCACGAGAAGAGAGGACAGAAGGAGGAAAGUGGAGAAUGACACUCUGGCGGACAGACUGCCAGACAGACAGACACUCUUGCUGCAGUCUAUUAAAGACAUAUUGGAGACGACUGUAGGGUUGCAGCCUCCAGACCAUCUGGAGGAGAAGGCUCGGCAGUUCUACCGUUCCUGUAUGGACAAAGACUCCAUAGAGAGCCGGGGCUCUGAGCCGUUUCUCAAGCUCAUCCAACAGCUGGGUGGCUGGUCAGCAUUAGGCUGGUGGAAUCGGACGGAUUUCAACUCCACUUUGGCUCUGCUGAUGGGGCAGUACGGGACAUUUCCGUUCUUCAGUGUGUACGUGGGCAGAGACCCCAACCAACCGCACAACACCUCAUACAUACAGAUUGAUCAACCACACUUUCACAUUCCUACUGAGUGGGACACCCAGAGGCACACGUCUAAAGCCAACACUGUGAGCCUGCGGCCGUUCCUCUUCUCCUCUCUGCAGUACCUCACUUUGCUGGGGGUUCCCAGCAUGACCCGAUUGAUGCAUAACUGGCUGUACAUAGCUCUGUCCUCUGAACUGGCUAAAGAGUCCUCUCCACUACACCACCGACUGCAGACCAACAGGCUCUACCAGAGAGUCACUAUACGUGAACUACAGACUCUUGCACCGGUGAUUGACUGGCUCGGUUGCCUAGAGGCUACUUUCCACCCCCUGCCUAUCAGCCAAUCAGAUUAUGUCCUUCUGCACAACCUGCCAUACAUCAUCCACAUGUCGGACACCAUCAGCAAAUGGCUGCUCAGGAAGGAGAUGAUGGGCAGGGUGCCUAUCCAGACGUACAUGAUUCUGAGCCUGCUGCAAACGCUGCUUCCUGCCCUGGACUCAAGGUUCCGUGAGACACAAAGGAACCUCUCUGUUGCCCUUGGUAACAUGGAGGAGGAGGAGCCUCGCUGGAAACACUGUAUUAGAAGGACAGAAAGGGGCUUUGACCAGCUUCUCAGUCACAUGGUCCGAGACAGAGCUGCCCACGAAGAGGCAGACGACCUGGUGGGGAAUCUCUACUCCGCUGUGCAGAGCAAGUUAGCUGAUCUGACGUGGCAAGACGAGGACUCCCAUAACUCUGUGUUAAAAAGGGUGAAGUCUCUGACACCACGAUUCAUGGCUCCGUUAGACAAAGAGACACUUGCACAACUGUACUCAGAGGUGGUGAUCAGUGAAGACAGUUAUUUCUCAAACUACCUGCAAUCUCUUCUCCUUGAGAAGAAGAGAAGAAACCAACUCUUCUCACACCACCUUCAGUCUGACGUUUUGUCUGUUACUCCACUUCUCUCAGGGAGAGAUAUAAUCUUUCCCACCGGGGUGUUUUUGCCACCCCUUUUUCAUCCAUCAUAUCCAAGGGCAUUGAAUUAUGGAGGACUAGGAUUCAUGAUGGCCAAAGACCUUCUCCACCUCCUCCUUCCAGAUAUCCACACACAGAGUGGCAGCCCAGAGUCAGUAGGAGGCUGUGUGUGGUCUCAGUACAUCAGUGUAACUGAGGGUCCAGGGCGCAUGGGGGCUUUCUCUCUGUCUCCAUCACAGAAGCUGGAGGUGUGGGUGCAGUACACGGCCCUGCAGGUGGCGCUACAGGCCUAUCAGAACAGUUUGAAACAGCAUCAGAGUGACACUUCACUAUUGGAUUUUGUUCACACACAUCUCUUCCUUAUCUCUUUCACACAAAUCAGCUGUGAUCCUUACCCAUACAGUCAGCUGAUGACCUUUGAACCUUCUUUCCUGGUGUCUGUCAUUUGUGCCAACUCAGACGUCUGUCCAUCAAGGAUGACCUGUCAGAAAAAAACACUGGUGGAACCCGGCAGCUGCUGAUGCGGCUCUGACAGGGCUUUUUUUUUUUUUAAUUCACUGUUCAGGAUUUAAGACUGACCAUCUUAAACAGAAAUGUCUGGGGAGCAAACUGUCAAGACAACUCCGAAUUUUGUCAGUGAAAUAUAAAGACGUGCUGAUAGCGAGCAUGCCUCUAUCAUGUCGUUGCAUUUGUCUAUUUGAAGAUUUUGGCUAUGUGCCAAGUCUUAUGCGUAACUGUUUGUUUGCUUAAAGCGAUGGUUCGGAGUAAUUGCACCCUAGGGUCCUUUGCACCAUGACCCCGCCAAACACCCUCCCAGAACCUGUUUUCCCUUGGUCGAACCCUGUAGUCAGGUUCCUUAUAUUCAGAUUUUUACCUUUAUGGGAAGUUUUUGGGGAUUAGGUAAACUAUACAUUUUUGGAUACAAGGAUACAAUUUUGAUCAGAUGUCUAUAUGGCAGCCAUAUUGAAGUUUAAAAAAUGGCCGCCAUAAAAUUUAAAAUUGUAAUAUCUCGACUUCUGCAUAAAAUGGAAUGUUGAUUUUUACUGCUAAACCCACACUGUAAGGGUCAAGGAAUCCAAUGGUGGUACUUACACUUUACCAUACUAACCCUUCAGUGCAUGAGUAGGUAAAAAAUGACCCCGUGUGGUUGUUUUCUUGCAAUAUCUUUGUAAUAAAAAGUUAUCAUUUCAUAUUCCCGCUGUUAUUCAAAAAAUAAAGACUUUUUAUAUCACUCAUUA